GGUCUUCGUUGUCAUUGUCGUUCAGUCUUCACAGCUCAUCAAAAUGACCGCGCCGGGACAGACUUGGGCUUCUCAGCCCUAUCUCGACCACAUCUCUGCGGGUCCCUCGUCCCACAGUUCUGACGCUUUUGACGAUGCGCGCAAGCAUACGCAACAACCAAUCGUGACAGGAACCUCGAUCCUGGGAAUCCGUUUCAAAGGUGGUGUCAUGCUCGCGUCUGAUACGCUUGCCUCGUACGGCUCCUUGGCUCGCUUCAUGGACGUCCGUCGCCUCAUCUCAGUCGAAGGAGCCAACUCUAUCGUGGGAGCCAGCGGCGAUAUGAGUGAUUUCCAACAUAUCCAGCACCUCAUCGAGAAGACCAUGCUUCAAGAGUUCAACGAGGGAGACUCGCACUCUUUGACGCCUCCGCAGCUUUAUCGCUCCCUCUCGCGGACCAUGUACGCCCGGCGAAGCAAGAUUGACCCUCUAUGGAACUCGCUCGUUUUGGGUGGUGUGGACCCGAAGACGGGAGAGUCAUUCUUGGGAUAUGUCGACCUCCUCGGCACCACAUAUCAGUCCUCAACAAUCGCGACUGGCUUCGGUCUGCACCUGGCACAGCCACUGCUGCGCAAGGCCGUCGAAGGAAGGGAGAACGAGAUCGAAGAGGAGGAGGCGAAGAAGAUUCUGCAGGAGUGCAUGAAGGUCUUGUUUUACCGCGACGCACGCAGCCUUAACAGGUUCCAGAUUGCUACAGUCACAAAGGCGGGUACUCACAUCUCCGAGCCGCAGAGUGUCCCUACGUCUUGGGGCUUUGCAGAGGGUCUCCGCGGCUACGGACCCCAGACACAGUAGAUGUACGGUACCUCGAAUGAAAGUGCAACAGGCAAAUGUCAAACCAGCCAACAUGACCACAGAGAUGCUGAAGGCUUUAUAUUGCGGUGAUUUAGAGCUAUAUAGAGGAUCCUUCCUUUGUAUCUUGCGACGAUUGCGCACUUAACCCUGAGCA